UUGUUGUCUUGUGUCGGGACAUGCACGUACUUGUACUGUUCACUGUGCGGUAUGCACUUGAUUGUGAAGGAUUACUUUCCCUGUGAUAUGACUAUACUUCUAAUUUUACGGUUGUUUUUUGUUUUGCCAAUAAUAAUAGAUGGGCAAUUCAACAAUCCGACGACAGCGGCUGUGAUUGACCCAAACUGUGUGGACAAAAUAUCCACAUGUUGGCAUCUGCCGGAUGAGAAAUGCAAGGCUCCUUAUGAGGACUGGGCCAGAUCUAACUGUGCUUUCAGGUGCGGCUUUUGUCUAGGUCUGCCAACCACGCUUCCGCCCUGUGAAGACCUCCUUCCCGACUGUGCCAACUUCGACAUUUCUGUAUGCUCCGACAGCACCUAUCGACCAUGGGCAAGCAUCAACUGUAGAUUGUAUUGCCGUCACGAGUUCUGCUCCGCUGCACAAAUACAAGCUGCACAAAGCAGGGCAACAACGAUUGCACCUGAAGAUUGUUAUGACAAGGUGAACUGCAGCUUGUAUGCCACGAACGUGUGCGAUGGAAACUAUACGUUGUGGGUCAGGGAAAACUGUCCUCAGUAUUGUGGGAUUUGUAGAGGCGUUCCCACACGACCUCCUCCUUGCGUUGACACAAUCCCCAACUGUAAGGACUACAAUGCCUCAACCUGCACCAAUCCCUUGUUAAAUUUGUGGGUGAAAGACAAAUGUCGCAAACACUGUGGACUGUGUUCCUCUCAACCAGUUUCACCCCCGCAACCAGGGAAGAGAAACCAUGCCCUAAAAAACAGACUUUUAUUAAAUUCAGGGUUUCCAUCGACAACUACAGAACCUCCAUGUGAAGACACAAGAGACAACUGCAUUUUGUAUCGUCACUCCGCAUGUACAAACGCUACCUAUGGUCCAUUUAUGCGAAAGAACUGUGCAAAGUACUGUGGAUUCUGUGUAGAUGCAACCAGUUCCUCUCAUUCAACUGUUCCUCCAACAAUAGAGAAGAGAAACCAAGAGGGAGAAGAUUUAGCCCCAGACCGUCGUCAGUUCCAGGCCUCCCACCACCAUGAGAUCAUGCCCAACAUUUGUUUGGAUAACUAUGAUGAAAACUGUGCAACCAUGCAGCCACCAGCCUCAGAGUUUCCCGGAAGUGAGUUCAAGCCACACCCCAAAACAGACCCUGAUUGGGAUUCUAACUCUGCACCUCCAUGUGAAGACAAAAGUGACAACUGCAUUUCGUAUGGUCGCUACGCAUGUACAGCUUAUUACUAUGUUGCAUUUAUGCAAAAGUACUGUGCAAAGUAUUGUGAAUUCUGUAAUGACACAAACAGUGUGGUUGAAUGCAAAGACGCAAAUCCCCAGUGUGCCGAGUAUGACACUGGUGAUUUAUGUACCGACCCGCGGUAUGACGCCUGGAAUUUGGAGAACUGUAUGCUGUACUGCAAGGUCUAUCCCUGUAAUGCAUCAUCGAUUACUGUAGCAACGAACUCUUCCACUACGAAUGCCGUUUCCUCCACGGAAACAACUGCGACAGCCCAAUCAACGGUACUAGCAACCACAGGGGACACCCAAAAGCCACAUGGACAUUCUACCGCUGUAGUUACUACACAUGGACAUGGAAACAGCAAUACUGAUCAUACAAAUAAUGCUCGUACAAAUGAUAAUUCAACAUCCACCACAUCUGCUCCAUGUGAAGACAAAAAAGACAAUUGCAUUUCGUACGGUCGCUCCGCAUGUACAAACGAUGCCUAUGUUGCAUUUAUGCGAAACAACUGUGCAAAGUUUUGUGGAUUCUGUAAUGACACAAACAGUGGGGUUGAAUGCAAAGACAGGAAUCCCCUGUGUGGCCAGUAUGACACUGGUGAUCUGUGCACCGACCCGCAGUAUGACGCCUGGAAUUUGGAGAACUGUAUGCUGUACUGCAAGGUCUAUCCCUGUAAUGAGGGACAAGACUUAGCCCGAGACCGUCGUCAAUUCCACGGUUCCCACCACCACCAGGGUAGCUCAAACGACUGCUGGGAUAGCAAUGCUCAAAACUGUUCAGCAAUACCGACACUAGCAGAAGUGCUGUCAACGGCGCCAGCUUUCGAAAUCGCUUCAGAGUUUCCCGGUAGUGAGUUUAAGCCACACCCAAAACCAGAUCCUAAUUGGGAUUCUAAACCUUCAACGACUGCAGCACCUUCAACACAAAAACCAAAACCACCAACAGAGAGCCCAAUAGUUUCAUCGUCAACCUCCACAUCAACGGAAGUCUCAUCGCAACCAACAGAUUCAGUUGUAUCUUCCCCAACGUCUCCAUCGACACAAAUCCAAACGACUGCUAAUGUUAAAGUCAGCCCAGAAGUUUCAUCUUCAUCGAAUACAGUUUCUUCCUCUCCUUCGACUGACCCUAGUCAAGCUACUAUCGGUUCUACUUCUCAACAAUCUGUGGAUAAUUUGACUUCAACCACAUUAGAUUCAACGAUCCCAUCGACGGCGAGUACAACAGACUCAUCCAUUUCUUCUUCAACCCCUCAACAAGUAACGCAACCGUCCUCUACGGCCAUAGAGCUGGACACUACCACGACAGGUUCUGCUACGCCUCAACCAUCAGUAACUGCUUCAACGAAAAACUCUUCAUCACCAACAACUCAUAAGCAAUCAAUAACAACACAAACACCAUCUUUAUCAACAGAUUCUACAAUAACAAGUUCAAUAGAAGUAUCAUCGACCUCCUCAACGGCGAGUACAACAGACUCAACCAUUUCUUCUUCAACCCCUCAACAAGUAACGCAACCGUCCUCUACGGCUAUAGAGUUGGACACUACCACGACAGGUUCCGCUACGCCUCAACCAUCAAUUACUGCUUCAACGAACAUUUCGUCAUCAUCAACAACUCAUAAGCAAUCAAUAACAACACAAACACCACCGUUAUACACAGAGUCUACAAUAACAAGUUCAAUAAAUGUAUCAUCAACUUCAACUUCUACAAUCCCUCUUAUCACUAAUACGACUUCCGAACCAUCACCUGUAACCUCUUCUACAACGAUUACAACUCUUCCUACUGUUUCGUCUACACAAUCAACACAAACAGCAUCAACACCGCCUUCAAAGUCGACACUUGUAACAACGACACUUUCACCGACAGAAAUAACAACACAAAACAGUACGGCAGUAUCCACCACAUCUGCUCCAUGUGAAGACAAACGAGACAACUGCAUUUAUUUAGGUCGCUCCGCAUGUACAAACGAUGCCUAUGUUGCAUUUAUGCGAAAGAACUGUGCAAAGUUUUGUGGAUUCUGUAAUGACACAAACAGUGUGGUUGAAUGCAAAGACGCGAAUCCCCAGUGUGCCGAGUAUGACAGUGGUGAUCUAUGCACCGACCCGCAGUAUGACGCCUGGAAUUUGGAGAACUGUAUGCUGUACUGCAAGGUCUAUCCCUGUAAUGAAGCAACGAAUUCUUCUUCUACGAAUGCCGUUUCCUCCACGGAAACAACUGUAAGAGCCCAACCAACGGUACUAGCAACCACAGGAGACACCCAAAAGCCACAUGGACGUUCUACCGCUGUAGUUACUACACAUGGACAUGGAAACAGCAAUACUGGUCAUACAAAUAAUGCUCAUACAAAUGAUAAUUCAACAUCCACCACAUCUGCUCCAUGUGAAGACAAAAAAGACAAUUGCAUUUCGUAUGGUCGCUCCGCAUGUACAGAUGUUGCCUAUGCUCCAUUUCUAAGAAAGAACUGUGCAAAAUUUUGUGGAUUCUGUGUUGAUCCAAACAGUGUGGCUGAAUGCAAAGACCGGAAUCCCCUGUGUUCCCAGUAUGACACUGGUGAUCUGUGCACCGACCCGCAGUAUGAAACGUGGAAUUUGGAGAACUGUAUGCUGUACUGCAAGGUCUAUCCCUGUAAUGGGACCAUCACAACACCAAGUACGCUAUAGAAAUGUAUACAAGAAAAGCAUAGCCAAGGAUGUACGUGUAUUUUUAAAUUUAAGUGCAUUAUUGCCACUUCUUUCAUCGGAAUAAAUUCGUAAUCAUGA